CGAACACAUCGUGUAAGAAGACAACACCUAACAAUGGACUCGCAAACCAAUGUCUUUAUAUGUCUGGUAGCACUGGCAGUGGUAGUUGCCGAUUCAGCAGAUUAAAUUCAGCAAGUUUGCAGACCGGAUGUAGAACCAUGUGUUCCGGAAGUGGCUGACCCAGGGUACAGAAGAGAUAGCGAAGAUACAGGAAUACAUAUCAUCGCCAUUGGUCCGGCCUGUGUGUGACGGUCCAGACACUCCUGUAAACGUCAUUAUGGACUUGGGACUACGACAACUCAUAGACCUGGAUGAACCAGUCCAACUUCUAAAAAUCAGCGUUUGGAUUCGACUUAGCUGGCACGACUGUCGACUGGUGUUGAAUGAGACUGAACACGACGACGGCCCGACGACACGUGUGGUACCGGAGAGCUCGGUAUGGACCCCAGACAUCGAAGUGUAUGACAGUGUGUCAGAUGACAUCCGACGAGAACGAGACUUCCAUGUAUCCAUAAAUUCCACCGGAAGUGUGAUCUUCAACUUCCAGGCAGUAAUCACCAGUAGAUGUACUGUGGAUGUUACGUCAUUUCCGUUCGAUGAACAGAUGUGUUCCUUGACCUUUGGUUCCUGGGCAUAUAACGAUUUAGAUAUGGAUCUUCAUUCUAAGAGAUCAACAGGCGAUUUGAACACCUUAGUUCCCAAUGUAGAAUGGACAGUUGAGAACUUUACUGCAACGCGGCAUGAGCAAACAUUUGACUGCUGUGAGCAUCCUUUCCCGUCUGUAUGUUAUAAGAUUCAUAUGAAGAGGAAACCCAAUUUUUAUGUAAUCAACCUGAUCUUGCCGUCUAUGUUUGUCAUGACCCUCACCAUAAGUGUACUCAUUGUACCGGUGGAGUCGGGAGAAAAGCUGUCGUUCGCCGUCAGUCUGUUGCUUGCAUUGGCUGUCUUUCAGCUUAUGUUAGCGGACAACUUGCCACCUUCAGCAGAGACUGUCCCUCUAAUAGCGGGAUACUUCGCCAUCUCAGAGGGACUAGUAUCGUUCGUCUGUUUAAUGACCAUAGUUGUUCUCAAUAUCCAUUACAAGGGGGAGAAGGAGUUACCAGUGUGGGUUCGGAGGUUGUUCCUGGGCUACCUUGGCAGAAUCGUCUGCGUCACUCAGACACGUGACUUGGAGAAAUCCGGGAUUUCAAACAAGGCAACAGGCACCUGCGAUAGCAAAAACAACCAUACUGCCAUAAAAAAUACCAUUGGAAACAACCAUGCCACCGUUCAACAUCGCCUCUCAGGUGAAUCUCAACACAACACAAUGGCACCACCAACCUUAACUGAAGAGUGGAAGACUGUGGCCGUAGUGGUAGAAAGAACAACAGCUAUUCUGUUUGUGUCUGCACUGGUUAUAGUUUCUGUAUAUGUCUUUGUCCGUCUUGCAGGUUGACCAUUGUCACACAAAAAACGUGAAUUUAAAUGUAUCUUUAUAUCCGAUACAGCAUAGAGCACGAGCAGUUCAUAUAUUAUAUAUUUUUUAAUUCUUCUAUUAUUUUAGUUUUAGUUAUUAUUGGAGAAAAAAAAUACUGUUCCUGCUAUACACCAAUCUCCGACAGUAAUAUUAACUGAAAUACAACCAAUUAGACAAUGUCAUGUAAUACAACUAAUUAGACAAUGUCAUGUAAUACAACUAAUUAGGCAAUGUCGUGUAAUACAACUAAUUAGACAAUGUCAUGUAAUACAACUAAUUAGACAAUGUCAUGUAAUACAACUAAUUAGACAAUGUCAUGUAAUACAACUUAUGAGACAAUGUCAUGUAAUACAACUAAUUAGACAAUGUCAUGUAAUACAACUAAUUAGGCAAUGUCAUGCAAUACAACUAAUUAGACAAUGUCAUGUAAUACAACUAAUUAGGCAAUGUCACGUAAUACAACUAUUAGACAAUGUCAUGUAAUACAACUAAUUAGGCAAUGUCAUGUAAUACAACUAAUUAGACAACGUUCUUGGACUAUUUCAUAUACAAUGUAAUAAAAAGCUAUGAAAGAAA